CACGGCCGGUGGCGAGCCUGCCUCCGUCCUGCUGGACACUGGAUCAGCAGACCUGUGGCUCGUCAACCCUGCUGCUAGUUCAGAUGCCACUAACGGCGUGCAGACCUGGGAUCCCACCACAGCUCAGGGCACGACGCAGAUGGACGGGUACACCUUCAACAUCGGCUACGGAGAGGGUGGCAACGGUGUAAGUGGAAAUGUCUACCAGACCAACGUCUGCAUAGGUGAGGCCUGCACCACCAUGGCUGUCGGUUCCGCAACCACCGAUCAGGGGCUCGGCAAUUUCCCCCGUUCGGGUAUCCUGGGUAUGGCCUUCCAGGGCGGCAACAGUGUCAGCCCCAACAAGCAAAACACCUUCAUGGAGUCACUUGAGGGCUCACUCAGCUCACCCGUCUUCGUCACCAAGUUCACCCCGGAGGGCAGCACCAGCCAGAUCGCCUUCGGCUCCAACCCUUUCUCCUACGUGGCGCCCUUGCAGGAGAUCCAGGUCGAUAGCUCCUCGACGGCCACUUACCCCUACUCAUGGUCCUACACCGGCGUGCAGUAUUCCAAGGACGGACAGUCCCUAGGCACGUUUGAUGUUGUCUUUGACAGUGGCGGUCCCAUGACCUCUGCCGCGGAAGCUAUCGUCCGUGGAUAUUAUAAUGGUGUGAGCGGUGCUAAUGAUGUCAACGGUGAUGCCUCGAGCUGGACUGUACCCUGCGGAACUCAGCUGCCUGACUUGACCCUGACCUUGGGCAGUGCUACGCUCGUCAUCCCCGGCGAGAGGUUCUAUAACGGCAACACGGCCACGUCUGGUGACUGCACUGUUUGGUUUGUUAAGGAGAACUCGCCUUCUCGCGGUGUCAUUGGUGAUCCAUUCUUCUGCCAGCAUGUUGUCGUCUUUGACCAGCAAGCUUCCACCAUCUCAUGGGGCAACCAGUCAUAAGCUGACUGGACUGUGGAAGGUUGCACUUUGAAGUUUCUACUUUGUACAUAUUUUGAUCACAUUACAGAAAU